AUGCUGAGCCGUGCCGUUCUGCCUCUUGCGAGGCGCAACGCCCUCGCCUCUACCGUCCGGGUGUCCGCCCUGUCCGCUCAGCGACCCCGGUGGUAUGCCAAGGGCAAGGACAGUAUCCCCUAUAAGCUCCCUGAGUCGAUGCAGGCGAAGGAUCUCAAGGGAACGAAGCCCAAGGCUGCCGAGAAGGCCUCACAAAACCAGGAUGCUGCCGAGCAGCCCGAGGUUGAUACACAGACGAAGCCCGAGGCCGAAGUGUCCGAGUCUUCCAGCGCUCCUGAAGCGGAGCAGACUCCCAACAAGCCCCUACCCGACCUGACCCAGGGUAUUCCCUCGACGUUGGCUGCAGAGCUGGAAGGCCGCACGAGGAAGGGACCGCUGAACAUCACCGAGGAUCACACCCAAACAGAGGAUUACAGCGAGGAUGGCAUUGGCCGUGGGGGCGGUGAUAUCCCUAAGGGCGGAUACGAGACCUCUCUCGACCGCCGCAAGGCCCGCAUGGCUAACAUCAUGUACGCAUUGAUGUUGGCUGCCGGUGUUGCUGGCAUGGGUUACCUGGGCCGCAACUGGGAGACUGAAGAGGAAGAGAGUGCUCACACAGACACCCCCUCCGGCUGGAGCCCCGGUCUUUGGUGGAGCCGUAUCAAGGCUCGUAUGGGCGACCUCACCAGCUACUACAAGGAUCCGGCUUUCCCGAAGCUGCUUCCCGACGAGGACCCUACCAUGCGCCAGCCCUAUACUCUGGUUCUUUCCCUAGAGGACUUGCUUGUCCACAGCGAGUGGAGCCGCGAGCACGGAUGGCGUGUUGCGAAGCGCCCUGGCGUCGACUACUUCCUCCGCUAUCUCAACCAGUACUACGAGCUUGUUCUGUUCACCAGUGUGCCAAGUAUGAUGGCCGACCAGGUUCUCCGGAAACUGGACCCUUAUCGUAUCAUCCGCUGGCCCCUCUUCCGUGAGGCUACCCGCUACAAAGAUGGAGAAUAUAUCAAGGAUCUUUCCUAUCUGAACCGCGACUUGUCCAAGGUGAUUUUGAUCGACACCAAGGAGGAGCACGCCCGCCUGCAGCCCGAAAACGCCAUCGUUUUGGACAAGUGGACUGGUGACCCCAAGGACAAGACCCUGGUUGCGCUUAUCCCCUUCCUGGAGUACCUUGCUGGCAUGGGCGUGGAGGAUGUUCGCCCUGUGCUGAAGUCGUUCGAGGGGACCUCGAUCCCCGUGGAGUUCACUAAGCGUGAGAAGGCCAUGCGUGAGCGCUUCGAGAAUGAGCUCGCCGCAGAGAAGAAGAAGAAGCCUUCCAUCGGCAUGGGCAGCCUGGCCUCUGCUCUCGGCUUGAAGUCGCAGACUAUGAGUGGCGAGCAGUCGCCUUCGGAGGGCCUCGCCCAGGGCAAGAUGCUCUGGGAUCAGAUCCGCGAGCGCGGCCAGAAGAACUAUGAGAUGAUCGACCGUGAGAUCCGCGAGAACGGCGAGAAGUGGCUUGCUGAGAUGGCGGCCGAGGAGGAGAAAGCUCGCCAAGAGCAGAUGCAGAGCAUGAAGGGCUCUUUCACGGGUAUGUUUGGUGGCGGUUCCAAGCAAUAA